AUAUAUAUACAUAUACAUAUAACUAGUAAUAAAUUAUUCAAAACUUAAAAUGACACGCCUAUUAAUCAGAAGCCCAAUGUUAAUGACCGUAUUUCCAUUUUCCAAAAACGAUGAUCAGUAUGAUAAGCCUGUGAAUACAAUAAUAAAACCACUAGAUGAUGAAUUAGGUUGGGACAGAAUAAAAAAAAUAUUUACUUUGGGAGAAAAUGGGUAUUCAAAAGAACUGCAAUCUAUCAUAAAUAUAACAGUGUCAGGUUUUGGAAUUGGCUUAGCUAUAGCUGGUACGAGUUCAACUAAGACUACAAUAGAUAAUUUCAUCAUGAAUAACGAAGCAACACGAUUCAUAAGCCAUUCUGAUGCAAAAUAUAGUCUUCAACAAUCAGUCGUUACAAAUUUUUUAAAGAAGGGUGGACGAUAUGGGAUAAAACUUGGAACAUUUUGUUUUAUCUUUAGUUCCAUAACAACAUGUACAUCAUCAUAUCGUGGAAAGAUAGCACUAGAGAAUUAUAUGUUAGGUGGUUCUAUAGCAGGAUUAUUAUUUAAAAUGAAUAUGGGGCUUCGAGGAGCGCUUGUUGGUACUGGACUUGGUGGUAUAUUAGGUGGAGCAUGUGGUGGUGUAUCACUUCUUAUUCUUAAGUUAUCAGGAAGAACUAUAGAUGAAGCAUUAGAAGCACAAAAGAAUUGGUUAAAUGCGAGAGAUAUGACGCGCGAAACAAUAAAAAAACAUAUGAAAAGUGAAUUACCAGAAAUACAAAAAUUAUAUGAAGAAAAUAAAAAAUUGCGGGAUAUAAAUGAAAAUAAUAACCAAAACAAAACAAACCCAUAA